AUGAUGCCAAAUUACGAUGGAUGUGCUAUUUGCAAAGAUGGAUACAAACGAUCCACCGAUGGCAAAAGUUGUGACAAAUGCGAUGAAUCGUGUGCAACGUGUGAUUUCUUUGGUAAUUGUAUUGACUGCAACAACACAUUCUAUCGCAUUGAUACAAACGACAAAUACUGCAGACCACAAAGUGAGUUAAUUGGAUGUGUCAAUUCGAGUACUUAUGGCUGUUUAAUAUGUGGCGAUGGGUACCAUUUGCACACAAAUGUGUGUGAUAAGUGUGAUUACAAUUGCACACUUUGCACAUCACUGACAGAGUGCACAAAUUGUGUUGCAACACAUAUUUUAGUUGAAUCACAAUGUGUGCAUUUCUCGAGUAUUUUAAAUUGUAUUUCUGCAUCUGACAACAAGUGCACCAAAUGUGCUGACAAAUACAUAGCCAAUACAGAAGGCACUCAAUGCGACAAAAAGACAAACUAUGGCUUAGUCGUCGUUCUUCCAAUUUUUUGUAUAUUAUUAUUAGUAAUAAUACUAUUUAUUAUUAUUAUAACAACGUUGAUUGUUAUACACAGAAAUCACAAAAAUAAACAAGAAAAAAGAAUUUGUGUGUUUGAAAUGAAACGUUCUAAUUACUCAAAAAAUGGGGUAUUAACAAAGAAAACUGAAAUUAAUUACAACGACUCGACUGAAUUUAUUCCAGUUGAAGCGGAGAGUAAAGAACUUCUUUGUGUUGAGAACAAAGGAAAAGGAAAUCUAAUAGUUCAAAUCACAACUCAAAGUUCUUCCGAGAAAUACACAAUCAGAACAGAGCCAAAAAUAGUGACUUUGAAGAGUGGAUUUGCAUGUGAAUUUGAA